ACUGGCUUCGAUGCGGCAUUUGUAGUUCCAACAACCAAUGUAGCAACUAUCGAAAACAACGCUUUGGUCAUUGAGGGUGUGUCAAGAUGUAGGAACGCGCUUCUGAAUGGGCAGAACACGGAUUACGACUGGGACAACGGCUACACUUGCCACCAGUUGAACAGUGGGGCGAUAACCGUCCAAUUACCUCAACCCUACAUGAUACAAACAAUGAGACUUCUUCUUUGGGAUUGUGACGAUAGAUACUAUUCCUAUUACAUAGAGGUUUCGGUCGAUCAAAUCAAUUGGGUGAAAGUGGUUGAUCGAAGGAUCAAGCAGUGCAGACUUCUUCUUUGGGAUUGUGACGAUAGAUACUAUUCCUACUACAUAGAGGUUUCGGUCGAUCAAAUUAAUUGGGUGAAAGUGGUUGAUCGAAGGAUCAAGCAGUGCAGGUUGGAGCGUAAGAAGAGAGAUCCUGUUGAAAUCAUCAUAUCAGUUAAGAUAUAGCC